AUGCCGAACUUGAAAUUCGAAGCAACAAAGAAAAGAUGGUUGGGUACAAGCUCCAGCCUGAGAGUCCAAACUCUGGUCAAGCACGAGCUAUCUAUCUAUCCAUCAUUAGAAAGCACCACGCUUUCUGUUAGAAGGUGCGUAGCCACGACAUUAUAUAGACGACUUGCCGACGAUGGUCCCUCACCGCAAGUUCUUACUUCCUUCACCAGAAGAAUGCCCAUACCGAGGCUGCUUUCAUCUGUCAAGGGCGUCCUUCCAUUCGCUCUUCACUUCUUCCUGACUAUCUUUUCCGUUUUUGUGGCCCUAUACCUCAUCGAUCCGGCGGGUUCAAAUCGGGUUUACAACCUCAACCAGCGUCGACCCCAUUUUAUUGACCUUGAUGGCUUUACAAGGGUAGCCAACAUUCGGGACACCAAACUUCUCCAAUCCGACAUAACAACCAUGCUCUCACUCCUAGCAAGCGCAACACGCGCAGCUGCAGCGUGGUGGGCUGGCACGCUUCUCUGGCGCUGUGCCUUCAUGUUUAUGGAGAAAAGCGAAAUCACCUUGGCUGGUUUCGCCAAGGUCGUCGAGGGUGGAAUAACGACGAUCCUAUCGCGCCAGCAUGUUUCGAGCCGAAGGAAUUGGUUGCUCGUAUACGCCGUCAUCUUCAUCUGUUUCGUGAUGGAUUAUUUCUCUGCCAUCCUGACGGGAUCCAUUACAUGGCAACCUGCGUUUACUUGGGUAGAUGGGGUUGUGACACUUACCGAUCUCACAGAGGGGGUUCCUGGGUUCGAUAUUUCGUUUUAUCGAAGUCAACAGCUGUUAGCCUCACAAGUCAUCGAACUUGCGGCUUCUUUGGCCCUGGUUUCGUGGGGGGUCAUCAAUACAAACUCCUCGACUCUACCACUGCCAUCCAACCUCACCCGACGCGCUAUCAUUCAGGCAUCGAGCUGGCAAGGGAUCCAGUACCUUCCGCCCAAUUCUACACUAGAGACGAUCCGACUUCCUUACUUUGAAGUGGAAAAGUUUGAAUACAUCACAGAUCCCGAAUCGACUCUUUCGUCGCAACAGUGGUCCUUGCUCAACGAUUCCAGCCCUUUCAAUCCUUACCUUCUGGGUGAGGGAUUCGCCGCGCUUUUUCCCGACAGUAGUUGGGGCCCAGGCUCUAAUACCACCUUACCGUCUCCUGUCAGUGUUUCAGAAUCCCGGAUUCUUGGUAUUCAAGUCGAGACCCCUUCUGUCCCAAGUUGUGCUCCUCUUGGCAAUUUCACGGUUCCGCAGAAUGUUACUCCCUACCUCACUUAUAUCAUCAACGCCCCUCUAUAUUCAUGCUUCAUAUUCGCAAAUAUGACCUAUACAGCAAGUGCUGCGAUCUGCCGAGACUGCGAGAUCGUUUCUCCUACCGUUGUCCAGGGUCAUAUGGACCGUGUACAUCCCAUUGCAGAUCCUCUCACCAUUGAGGCCUUGGCAAUAACACCCUCAGUCGGGACACACAUAGCGUUCAGCGCCUAUGCCGAUCCCGUUCCUGACGACUCUUCUACCUUUCAAGACCUUGCCGUUGAGUUUGUUUCACGAUCGUAUCAAUCCGCAUGGUCAUCGCUCGCAACCGUACUUGGUAGUGUUGCUCAUCAUAACCAGACAAGUGUCUUGGUCGCUGUCUCCGCUUCUCGCCCUAGUGUCCUUCGAUGGAGGGUGUACUUUUGGGCUGGGUUGCACCUCGCGGCUCUACUGGGCGGCAUCACAUUCGUUUAUUUCCAGAGCCGUUUCCACCAUCCAUGGGUUUCGCAUCCUAUGAUAGCAGCGUUCAUGCUUGAUACGACAGGGAUCUUCAAGGAAGGUGAAGCGGCCAAAGCAAUGGAUCCAUGGGAUCUAGAUGCAAAGUAUCCAGCUGGAAAACUUGAGUUGAACGAUUAUGACCCUACUCGACCAGGGCAACCUAGAAGUGUCAUAUUGAUCCCAACAAAAGACACACCCCCUUCGGAUCCGAAACCAACUGACGGGGAGUCUGAUAUACUCCUCACACAAUUUGCAUAA